AACAUUGUGCUAAGUACCAUUUUAGCCCUUGCAGCAGAGACUAGGCUCAGGUGUGGAAGCGACCAACACAAACAAUCACUAUAAAUUUCCCAACUUAGGCAAUCGAAGAACAAACAUUCAAUUACGCCAAAAAGAACAAUGGCUGAAGAAGACUCAUCAUUCGUGAGGAGACACUGGGAAGGAUAUAAGGCAUUCUGUGGAGAGAGAUUCUCCUUCUUGGACAACUACUCACCCUUCAUCCAGCGCGACAAGCCAUUACCUUCUUGGUCUGAAACUGAUGUCGACGAAUUCAUUGCUUCUGACCCUCUUCAUGGACCCACUCUGAAGACUGCUAGGGAAGCAGCAAAAUUUGGUGCUGUAGGAGCCCUAAUUGGAGCUGUUUCAACUGCAGGCGUUGCUUGGAAGUACUCAAGGAGUCUGCAUGGUACUGCAUUGUCUUUUGGAGCCGCUGCUGUUUUUGGCUGGACAUUUGGACAGGAAGUCGCGAACCACUGGCUGCAGCUAUACAGGCUCGAUACCAUGGCUUCACAGGUUAAGUUCAUGGAAUGGUGGCAGAACAAGGUUGAAGGACAAUCUUAACUUUGGCUAACUUUAGAAGACUGAAGACACUCAAGUUGGCUUUGCUGUUAAUGCGAAUGAACAUUUGUAAUGUGCAAUAAAAAUCUGUGGCAGUGUUCAAAUGGUGUCCUGCCGACUUGGAAUUUUGUUACCAGGGUAGUUUUUGACCAUGAGCUUGGCUGUUUGUUUUACCUACCGAGUGGCUAUGAUAGGAAUGCAAUUUCUGGCAGUUUUCUUUAAUAAAGUUAAAAGGUGGGGAAUCACCAGUUCUUUAAUAAGUUUGCAGUUUGGCGUUGUUUUAGAAAAUAGUUGAUGAGGAAAUUUUUUAUGGUGAAUAGUGGAAUUUGAAUUUUUACUGAUUGUGUAAUGUGGUUCACUUGAGAUAAUCUUGAUAUUCAACCCUC